AUGCCCAGUUUGGAUCUUCCCGAAAAGUACGGACUCUUUAUCAAUGGCGAAUUUGUAGAGCCCACGGAAGGCGGAUAUUUUGACAAUGUGUCUCCCAUUGACGGCAAGAGUUUUAUCCAAGCGGCCCGUGGAACAGCAGCCGACAUUGACAAGGCCGUGGACGCCGCUCACACGGCUUUCGACACGACAUGGUCCAAGGCAUCCGUCACGGAACGCUCCAACAUGAUCCUCAAGAUUGCCGACAUUAUUGAAGCCAAUGCCGAUCGAUUGUCGAAAAUUGAAACCAUUGACAAUGGCAAACCCGUACGAGAAACCGCCAAUGCCGACUUGCCCUUGGUUGUCGAUCACUUUCGAUACUUUGCCGGAGUCAUUCGCGCCGAAGAAGGCACGGCCUCGGAACUCGAUAAAGAUACGCUGUCUCUGUGCAUUCAAGAACCCAUGGGGGUUGUGGGACAAAUCAUUCCCUGGAACUUUCCACUCCUCAUGGCAUCCUGGAAACUCGCUCCGGCAUUGGCGGCGGGAAAUUGUAUUGUUCUCAAACCGGCCGAACAAACACCGACAUCCAUCAUGGCCGUCAUGGAACUCAUUCAAGACGUGUUGCCACCAGGAGUCCUCAAUGUCGUGACGGGAUACGGAAGCGAGGCAGGUGACGCAUUGGCGGGGCACAAGAACAUUGCCAAAAUUGCCUUUACCGGAUCCACUCUCACGGGUGGGUCCAUUCUUCAGAAAGCCGCUAAUAAUCUCAUCCCGGCAACGAUGGAGCUCGGGGGCAAGAGUCCCCAACUCUUUUUCAAUUCCAUCAUGGACGCGGACGAUGCCUUUUUGGACAAGGCGGUGGAAGGCGCCGUGCUGUUUGCGUUUAAUCAAGGAGAAGUCUGCACGUGCAAUUCGCGUCUUCUCAUUCAGGAAGAUAUUUAUCCCAAAUUCAUGGAAAAAGUCAUUGCGAGGACCGAAGCCAUUCAAAUGGGAGAUCCACUAGAUCCACAAACCAUGAUGGGAGCUCAAGUUUCCUUGGCACAGCAUGAUCGCAUCAUGAACUACCUGGAUAUUGGCAGAAAGGAGGGUGCCGAAGUAUUGACCGGGGGAUCCGCAAAGGACGAGCUGGGUGGUGGCUACUAUGUCAAGCCCACCAUUCUCACGGGGACCAACAGUAUGCGCGUUUUUCAAGAAGAAAUCUUUGGCCCCGUCACUGCCGUUGCUACGUUCAAGACGGUAGAGGAAGCCCUGGAAAUUGCCAAUGAUUCUGAAUAUGGACUCGGGGCCGGAGUUUGGACACGAGACAUGCAUCAGGCAUACCAGGUACCCAGAGCCAUUCAAGCCGGGAGAGUAUGGGUCAACUGCUACCAUGCCUACCCGGCCCAUGCUCCCUUUGGGGGGUACAAAAAGUCUGGAUUUGGAAGAGAAAACCACAAGAUGAUGCUCAACCAUUAUCGUCAAACCAAAAACAUGCUCAUCUCCUACGACCACAACAAACUUGGCUUCUUCUAG